AUGGCUAGUGUUGUGGCCUCCGCAUCUGCCGAACAGGCGCCUAUAGUCUACACGCCCGAAGGCGCUGUUGCAAUAUCGUACCGCGCGCUUGUGUCCUCGCCGAUGUCCCUCACCGCGUCAAUUGAGAAGGCCUUCGGUUCGAGCCCGGACUCGCUCGGUAUAGUCGUCGUGCGCGAUCUGCCGCCUGCGUAUCCGCAGCUGAGGAAGGAGCUUCUUGGGCUCGCGAACGCAUUCGCGAGUUUGCCCGAGGAGACGAGAGAGAAAUAUGCAGAUGCGAGUAGCAAGUACAGCUUCGGAUGGUCACACGGGAAGGAAGUUAUGAACGGAAAGCCAGAUCUUCUGAAGGGCUCGUACUACGCCAAUCCUGUAAUCGAUACGCCCGACGUCAGCGCGACGCUCAAGGCCACAUACCCGGAGUACUAUAGCUCCAACAUAUGGCCUCGCGACGAGCCGGUGGUAGCCAACUUCGAAGCCGCUUUCAAGGCGCUGGGUCGCUUCGUGUUUGACGCUGGGUGCCUGCUUGCGAAUGCGUGCCAGCCAUUCGCCGCAGCGCAUCUCACGGACAAGAACUUUGCCCUAGCAGACUUCAUCCGCCAAAGCCAGACGACGAAGGCGCGCUUGUUGCAUUACUUCCCAACACCGCCAUCAGCAGUUCCAGAGGCGGACGAACCUGUCGACAGUUGGUGUGGCUUUCACAAGGAUCACUCGCUCCUAACUGGCCUCGUCUCUGCCAUGUAUCUUCGACAUACCGGAGGCGCCCAGCCUGAAGUGGUCUCGGCACCCUCAGAGUCCGCAGGCCUCUACAUCCACUCGCGAGGUGGCUCUCUGACAAAAGUCUCCAUUCCUCCCAACGCUCUUGCCUUCCAGACGGGUGAGGCGCUCGAGCUCGCGACAGAGGGCCGUCUACGCGCAACACCACACUGUGUACGCGGUGGCGCGUCUCCGGACGGCGCCCCGGUGUCGCGCGAGACGUUCGCGCUGUUCAUGCAACCAGAUGUUGAGGCGCGUGUGAGUGCGGAUGAAACGUAUGGGCAGUUCAGCAGACGGAUAUUCGAGGAGCAUUAUCCGGAGGAGGUCAAGGCGUAA